AUGUAAAAUAAUCCUGUGUUGUAAAAGUUUUUAUAGAACAAUCCAUUCAUAGAAGGAAUUGUUUUAAUGGAUAAAGAAGGAAUAGAGUAAUAAAUAUAGAGAAACUUAGAAUUAUAGCUGCAUUUUAAAAUGAAAAUAACAAGUUGAGAACAGGUGCAUAAUCAUUGAUGUAUGUGGUGGCUAUUCAAUAAUGCAAUGAAAAUUUAAGAAAACUUUCUGAUUCUGAAACAAAACAAAUUACAUUAGUUUAUGAGUAUUGAAUGGUUUGUAAACUUAGUGAAUGGAUUCUUUAUUUUGAAAUUUGGACACAUUCAAUUUUGAUAUUUUAUUGCAAUGUUAAAGCUNUUUACUGUUGAAGAUGUAAUUAUUAUUAAUUAAAUUUAGUCAAUUCUAAAAUCUAAUAAAGGAAUUAUUCAAGUAUAAGAUAGAAAAUUAUUAAUCUUAGGAGGAACAGUUACUAAAGGUAUUAUUAAAAAAGGAUAAUCUUUAUUAAUUGGUCCUGAUAAAUAGGGUAAUUUUUAUCCUGUUUAAGUUCAAAAUCUUUAAUCUAAUAGAGUUAAAGUGAAGUCUGCUUUAAGUGGUCAAUUAUGUACAGUCUAAUUUUAACUUAUUAAUUCUUAUAAAAAAAACUUUGGAACUGCUGAAAAUCCAAUAAGAAGAGGAAUGGUAUUAGUUGAUGCUAAACUUAAACCUAAUAGCUACACAAUUUUUAUAGUUAAUUUAUAAUUUUUUGCAGCAGGAUGGAAAUAAUUUCAAUAAUAAUAAUAAUAAUAAGAGUUGAUAUCCAUAAAUUAAACUUAAUAAUAUAAUUAUCCUAAUGAAAAGAUAUGUUUAUCACAAUCUCAUGAAUUAUUAGUUCAUACACCAUAUUCCAAGUAAUUAAAUAUUAAAUUAGAUAAAUUUGUUUAAUUUUAGAAAAUCAUUGUGAAAAUCAAUAUUUAUUGGUUAAACAACCUAGUUUAACAAGAAAACCUUCAAAAUCUGUAGAAGGUAAAGUUGUUUCAUCAUCAUAAAAGUAUAUUGAAAAAAAUAAAUCAAAAAAAAUUAAAAUUUAAUAAAGUAUUUUUAUAUGUUUAUUUAGAAAUAAAUGUAUUUGAAAUUAAAUCAGGAGAAUCAUUAUAAUUAAAAUUGAGAUUUAAAUAUUAAAGUGAAUAUUUGACUUAAGGUAUGAAAAUAGUUAUCAUGGAACAAAAAUUUUCUGCUUUUGGACAUGUUGUAUCUAUGGAAAUUUGA